AUAUUUAGGCGAAAGCGAGGGGAGGGGGAAGCGCGGGGCAGGAGGAGUACCUCGGCCAAGAAAAUUAUGCAUGCGUUAGGCAAGCUCUGAGAGAAUGGCUGUGGAAGCUCUCCACUGUGGUUUGAAUCCACGGGGUAUUGAUCACCCUGCCCAUGCUGACGGAAUUAAACUGCAAAUUGAAGGUGAAGGGGUAGAAUCUCAAUCCAUUAAAAACAGAAAUUUCCAGAAGGUGCCUGACCAAAAAGGAACCCCCAAGAGACUUCUGGGAGAAGCUGAGACAGCAAAGUCAGCCACAGUGAAGCUGUCAAAGCCAGUGGCCCUGUGGACCCAGCAGGAUGUCUGCAAGUGGCUGAAGAAACACUGUCCAAAUCAGUAUCAGAUCUACAGUGAGUCAUUCAAACAACAUGACAUAACUGGGCGAGCCCUGCUGAGACUCACAGACAAGAAGCUGGAACGCAUGGGGAUCGCCCAGGAGAACCAGCGACAACACAUCCUGCAGCAGGUGCUCCAACUGAAGGUUCGGGAAGAAGUCAGAAACCUGCAGUUACUCACACAAGGUACCCUGCUGCUGCCCGGUGGGUGGGAAAACAGAAAAUGUUAUCAUUGUGACCGAGGGGAGCCAGGAAAACCAAAUCCAACUGCCAUCAAUGUCACCAUGACCACUGCAGAUUGUAUUGAGUAUGAACCAUGUUGUAAUGCUAUUGUGAAGAUCAAACCGUAUCAAAGGGAUCUCAACAGCAGGGAGGCUGUGACAGGGAUAGAGACUAUCGGGAAGAUAAAGUGUUACAUCAGUGCCAUUUCUGUACCUGUUCUUCACCCUCCUGUCACCCCUGGCCUGAAAGACCCCAGAGUAGAAACGUUCACCACAGCCUAG